AGAAGGAAAAAAAGUUUCUUGCUGGCGCGGGGGGCGAACAAAGUUGGACAGAAAGUUGGCCCGGGCGGGGAUCGAACCUGCGCCGCUGGGGCCUGGAAGAGGAGGAGGAGGGGGCUCUGCUGCUGCUGCUGGGCUCGCUCCCCCAGCCGUCCAGCUCCGGGGAUCAGCUUUCCUCGUGAUGUCCGGCCCCACCUGGCUUCCCCCAAAGCAGGUGGGUGCCCCGGGCCAGCUUAGCAUCACCGUUUCUGCUCCAGCGGCCUGCAAGCCCCAGAAGAGUUUUGCCUCCGCUCCUGGUGCCCCCAAGCCCACCUAUGGAUCUCAGGAGGCGAAUGGGACCGUGAGCGCGACGGGGAUGGCAUCCCGGUACCUGCCGCCUGUACCAGAGCCUCCCUCCCUCCCUCCCGACUCCGUGGGUGAGCCUCAUUACUCCUCUCCAGACGACAGAGGGUCAGGGGGCUCCUGGAGCUCUGUUUCUCCCCCCAGCUAUCCCCUGCAGCAGGGGGCGCCUCUUGACCAGGGACCUUCCCAUCCCUCCAGUAUCGAUGUGCAGAUAGACUCUCUCACCAGCAUGUUGGCUGAUUUGGAAAGCACCCGGCAUCGGCGAGGUGACAGGCAGAAUUUGGAGCCUGCUCCGUAUUCUCCUGCCCUGCCUCAGCCUGGCAUUGCCAGGCCCGCGGCUGCUUACAAGCCAAGUCCUUCCAGAACCUUCUCUCCUGCCAAGCCCUCAGGGUGCACCACCGAAGCCUACACCAAGAGCAUGCCUUACGGAGGCCAACCGUCGCAGGCGCCUACCUACUCGGCCCCUGCGGGCCUGCCUUCGCCGUAUGGCAUCCCUGUUGCUGGUGAUUCCUAUGCUGCUGGUUACCACAGGGCAGCCGCAGUGCCCAAACCAUACCCACAGCCGAUGCCUGCUUCUUACACCACUACUUCGUCCUCCGCCGGCCCCCCAUUCAAUGUCCAGGUGAAGGUGGCCCAGCCGGUCUUGGGCUACAACCAGCCCAGGCGCAGGGCAGAACAGGCCUAUGGUCCUCCCUCCCCUCGGCUGGGCUAUGGGGCAAAGCCUCCACCGCAAUAUGCAUCGGAGCCAGGGGUCCGGACCCGAGCUCAUGACGUCGACCCGUGGUACCCGGAGCCACCUUCUUACGGCAGGCGACUGGGUGAAGGGGAGUUCUAUGCCGGCACUGGAGGGCAUGCCAAACUGGGGGCACCGGUGGGGCAGUACCAGCCCGGAUUGUUGAAACCAGGGAAAGAGGAGCUGGUGGCCACACCGCAGAUGCCUGCAAGUGGUGGAGGGCUGAGGUUCCAGCACCAGGCUCCCCCAAGCCGUCCGGAAGAGGAGUUGGAUCGACUCACAAAGAAGCUGGUGUAUGACAUGAAUAACCCUCCGUCUGGGGAGUAUUUUGGCCGCUGUGCCCGGUGCGGGGAGAAUGUGGUGGGCGACGGCACGGGCUGUGUGGCCAUGGACCAGGUUUUCCAUGUGGAGUGCUUCACCUGCGCCACCUGCCACUGCCGCCUCCGUGGGCAGCCGUUUUACGCCAUCGACCGACGCUCCUACUGUGAAUCUUGCUACAUUGUGACCUUGGAGAAGUGCUCUAUGUGUUCCAAACCUAUCAUGGACCGGAUCCUGCGGGCAAUGGGCAAAGCUUACCAUCCGCAGUGCUUCACGUGCGUUGUUUGCCAUCGGUGCCUAGAUGGCGUCCCUUUCACCGUCGAUGCCACCAGCCAGAUACACUGCAUUGAAGAUUUCCACCGGAAGUUUGCUCCCCGGUGUUCGGUGUGUGGAAAUGCCAUCAUGCCGGAGCCUGGGCAGGAGGAGACAGUCAGGAUCGUGGCCCUGGACCGCAGUUUUCACAUAGGCUGCUACAAAUGUGAGGAGUGUGGGCUGCUGCUCUCCUCGGAAGGGGACGGCCGAGGCUGCUAUCCGUUGGACGGCCACAUUCUCUGCAAGAACUGCAGCGCCCGGCGGAUCCAGGAGCUGUCCUCCAAGAUCACCACGGACUGCUGAUGCGUGGCCCCAGGGAGCCCCUUGCUGUCCUCCCUCCCCGCCCGCCUUGCUGGGUUCUCUGUGGGCUUUGGCCUUGUCGUCAUCAACUCCUGUUUCCAGC